GCUAGCUGGGCGCAGGGCCGGAGGUGCUGGGGAUCGACACUGCUCUGCGCGCGGAACUGCGGUGUGCCUCUCGGGAAAGCCCAGCCUUGCGGGCAGGAGAAGCGGCGGGCGGCGGCGGACCCCUCCUACUGGUACAGGGCCUCGAGCCGAGCAGGGCCGAGUGCUGCGGGGGGAAGCAACCGCGGCGGCGGGUCCCGAGCGCUGCGCGCCAUGGCGGGCGGGCCCCCCAAGGCCCUGCUGUCCACGGGGCCCCAGUCCCUGCGCGACAUGCCGCACCCGCUGGCCGGCUCCAGCAGCGAGGAGGCCGUGGGAGGCGACAGCACGCCCAGCCCGGACCUUCUGAUGGCCCGCAGCUUCGGUGACAAGGAUCUCAUUUUGCCCAAUGGUGGUACUCCAGCAGGCACUUCGAGCCCAGCGUCGUCAUCUUCCCUUCUGAACAGACUCCAGCUUGAUGAUGACAUUGAUGGUGAAACUCGAGAUCUCUUUGUCACGGUUGAUGAUCCUAAAAAGCAUGUCUGUACAAUGGAGACCUACAUCACAUACAGGAUCACUACCAAAAGUACUCGGGUGGAGUUUGACUUGCCAGAAUAUUCUGUUCGAAGAAGAUACCAGGAUUUUGACUGGCUGAGAAACAAGCUGGAAGAAUCACAGCCCACUCAUCUCAUUCCCCCGCUUCCUGAGAAGUUUGUGGUGAAGGGGGUCGUGGAUCGUUUCUCGGAAGAGUUUGUGGAGACCAGAAGAAAAGCUCUGGAUAAAUUCCUAAAAAGGAUUACAGAUCACCCUGUGCUCUCUUUCAAUGAACACUUCAAUGUAUUCCUCACUGCUAAGGACCUGAAUGCCUAUAAGAAGCAGGGGAUGGCACUGCUGAGCAGAGUCGGGGAGUCAGUCAAGCACGUCACGGGUGGCUAUAAGCUGAGGAGUCGGCCUCUGGAGUUUGCAGCCAUUGGUGACUACUUAGACACUUUUGCACUCAAACUGGGAACCAUUGACCGGAUAGCCCAGCGGAUCAUCAAAGAAGAAAUAGAGUACCUCGUAGAGCUGAGGGAAUAUGGGCCUGUGUAUUCCACAUGGAGCGCCUUGGAAGGUGAACUGUCAGAGCCCCUGGAAGGUGUGUCGGCCUGCAUUGGGAACUGCUCCACAGCCUUGGAAGAGCUGACCGAUGGUGUAACAGAGGAGUUCCUACCAGUGCUCAGGGAAUACAUCCUGUACUCGGACUCCAUGAAGAAUGUAUUGAAGAAGAGGGACCAAGUUCAGGCUGAGUAUGAAACCAAACUGGAAGCCGUGGCUCUGAGAAAGGAAGAUCGUCCCAAGGUGCCAGCAGAUGUGGAGAAGUGCCAGGAUAGGAUGGAGUGCUUCAAUGCUGACCUUAAGGCUGACAUGGAGAGGUGGCAGGGCAACAAGCGACAUGACUUCCGGCAGCUGCUCGUGGGCUUGGCUGACAAGAAUAUCCAGUAUUAUGAGAAGUGCCUCAUGGCGUGGGAGUCAAUUAUUCCACUACUGCAAGAAAAACAAGAGACCAAGUAGACCUGUUCUUGGGACAGAGACUCUUCUGCCUCCACAGGGCACGGCACCCUGAACCGGAGUGUCCCUGCAGUGCCGGAGAGGUGGCCAUGAGAACAGAGCACAACAACACCUCCCGUUUGUGUACUUCCCCUCCCCUCCCCUCCCCUCCCCUCCCCUCCCCCACAGUUGUUUUUCAGUUUAGUAUUUAUUCCUUGGUGGAGUCUGUGAGUCUGUAAUCAUCUCUCAACAGAAGCAUACCUCCAUAUUGUGAAGGAACCUCCUAAAUGGAACACUACGAAGACUUGAAACUAAGGGACAGAACAGCCCCCAGAUGACAUGUGACAUCACUUUGGGGGCAACCCAAUUGAUUUGUGAGACAGAACAUGAACCCUGCUUUUCGGGGACACAGGAGACAUGAAGAAGGCAGCUGUGGCUUGCUGUGGAGAGCAUGUGGUUCUGCGCUUUACCCCUGAGGGCGUUGACCUGUCCCAGCAUGGGAGGUUAGGUACCUUCUUGGAAAGUCCUUAAUUUACAGUGACUGUGGCCUACUGCCUGCUCAUCAUGAGUGGCAUCUUUUGACUUGUUUCUGGUUCACAUGGGUCCAUUUAAAUCAGUGUCCGUGUGCACCAGUGCUUGAGCCAGCGUCCUCGUCCUUAUGCCAUGCCUCAGGAAGCUGAAGGGAAUGCUCCUGGAUCUUGUUUCUGGCACCACAGUGCUAUAGAUGAGAAGCUUUUCGGUGUGAAUUGACAAAAAAGGUGCAUUUUUUUUUUUUGUGAAGGUGUCAAUGUGCUUGUUUUGCUUGUUUAACCAUUGUCGUGGUUGCUCUUAGACCUCUUAGGAAACAGCUGCUAUUUUAUGGUCAGCGACUCUCCUGUGUGCCAAGCCCCAGUCCCAGUGUCUGCUUUAUGCAAUUUGCCUUUACUUCACCAAAAAUGUCUGGUUUAAUACUUCCUGUCAUGCCCACUGAAUAUCCAGGCAACCUUGCAGUGAGGGCUGGUAUGUCACAUUGUCAUGACUGUCACCAGUUUGUAAAUUCAGUAUGAAUGUCUACAUGAGUGUUUAACACUCAGAAUUCUGUGGUCAGGACGAAAGCAUCCGCAGGGCACUCAGAGAUGAGGAGAGUGCCAGCAUGCUCUUUGCUUCUAGAUAUGUGGAAAUCUCCAUUUGCUGCCCAAAUCUGGAGACUGCUGGCUGUGCUUAAAGUCUUCAUUUGAAACUUCUCAAGUUGCCAUAAAUCCAGCAGCUAGAAAGGCUCUUUUUGAGGCCCUUGUUGAAAAGCAGCUGCGUAGUGUGUUCUUUCAUCUGUGGCUCUGCUAAAACGCAUAAAUCCGAGCUCGGGUAAAUGGAAGGGGUUCUGUUUGUUUUUAGAAUGAAGCAGUCGAGUUGCUGCUUCACAUACAAGUUAUUUGCGAAUUCUAAUCAGCGCACCGCGUGCUGGAGCCUCCCUUCCCUCGCGCAGAGUUGGCCUCCAUCAUGGGCAGCAGCUAGACAGCAUGAAACAAUUUGCCUUUUCCUCACAUUUGACAAAUUUGUGAUUGAAAUAAUAGUUUCUGCAACUCUUGGUACUUGCCCAAACCCCCUCUGUGCCAUCCUGAACUCCUUUGAUGUGAAUUCUGUUUGGUACAAAUAGAAAUGACCUGCUGAAGUGGAAAGGUAAGAACAGUCUGUCCACUCCAAACUUCAGUGGCCUGGAAUCUCAUUCUACCUCCGAAGCCAUCAGGUUGGUGUGGGUGUAAAUGCCCAGAGUCAACCUAGCGUGCUGGUAGAGUCAGGGCGUGUGUCCAGUCACCGGCAGGUCUCCAUUGGUAGAUGCCAGCAGACACCAGGCUGGCCCAGCAGUGAUGUUCAUCUUUGGGAAACAUGAAACUUGGCUUUGUGGAUUGUGCCCUUGUUAAGUGUCCAGCGUAAUGAUGUUUGGCAAGAACUAUGGAAAGAAUUAAGGAGAAGCUAAAAUUUGAUGAUGAGCUGGUUGCUGAAACCUCAGGUCAAUCCUGUGUGCUGGUUAGCUACACAAGAAGGGAGUCCUGUGAAAACAGCCCUGGGCUGCAGGGGAAGUAAACGGAGGGAAGCAGGAUCCACAGCCAUUCCCUCAUGAGAGGCUGGCUUUUACGGCAUCUUGAAAUUUCUGUCUUCUAUUUAUUUGGCCAGCAAGCAAUGUCCCUAGACUUUGAGAUUCCAGAAAGAGCUGGGAUAAUGGAAACUUUCUGUCCCCUAGAAAUGAUGUCAGUGGCUAAGCCAAGAACAGCCAUGCACAAGAAGGCACUCUUGUCCCUGUCUUCAGGCUAGCAUCUGGCCCAGAAGAGAAGGGGCAGUAGACAGUGGAAAGAGGCCUCCUACCCGCCUACUCUGGGGCUCCCGCAAGUCCCCAGAAGCUCAGCAGUCCCAAGCAUUUGCUUCCUCUUGGCCAAGCCCAAAAGAGAUUCCCCCCACAAAAUAUAGCUCAGAGACGACAGUGCCAAAAGGCCUUAGAGAGGCCUCAUUCGUUCCUUCUGGAGCCUCUGCCCUGAAGUCACGGAUCCCUCUUGUUUAUUUCCCAUGAGACUUUGCCUUGAGGGCAGAGCACUGUACUCAGGUAGAGAGACGUGGAUAGCUUUGGAGGCGUGAACACGGGACAGUGAAAUGAAAGUUGGCCCCAUGACUGCCCGGUCCUGAGAGAUGGAGGGUUUCUUCCCUGGGUUAGAAAUUUGCCCAGGCAAAAAAAGAAAGUUCUUAAGACCAAGGAGAUUGGAGAGAUGCAAGAGUUUAGGACAGUGUCGUGAUUUGUAGUAGGAAUGCUGACAAUUUACAAGAAGAAUCUGAGCUGCUGUGCUCAAAGCAAGGAGGGGCUCACUCCUCACUCCUCAGCCUCUGUGGGGUUGGGUUUUAUCCUCUCCUCGGGUUCAGUAAUGAUUGCUGGUGAGUGGAAAGUAGGCUUAAGGAGGCAGUGGGCUUGGUGCUUCACCAGGCUUCUUCUGAACUCACCAGGCAUUUUCCCAUAGCUGAAACAAGAAAGCCCCACCGUGCUUGGGGACAGAUGUGAACCCCGUGGGGUGUGCUCUGGGUGUUGAGUAGAAUGUACUCUUUCUGCUGUCCAUGCACACUGCAGCCCUUGGUGAGGCCCAAUGGAAGUUCUGACUUUAGAAGUGAGCACAAUGGCUUCCCUUAGAAUAGCACCGGAAGAGCACUCAGCCUCUGGGCCUUGGUCCUGGCCUGUGAGGGCAGGGCCCUCUGAAGCUCUAGGUACUAGGUAGCUGGUUGUUUCAGUGAGGUCAUCUGAACCACGGUAAGGGCACUACACUGCACUAUCCUGAGCGGGUUGGGGUGGAUAGAACAAAGCCAACGACUGCCUUAGACACUGUGUUGACGCUACUGGCUUGGGUCUUGGAGUCAGCUGGAGGUGGGCUCUUCUCUGGCUAGGUGGAGCUGGCGACCAUGAAGGGUGAUUCUUACAGAGGAUCAGCUCCUGGGGCUGGGCCCCUUCUGGACCCCACCUUCUCAUAAAGGGUAUUUGGAAAUGAAGUAAGGUAACACAUAGCUAGGGGACUUUGCUCACCUUCAUUUACAAAUUACGUUGGGAACUUGGGUUUGCCGUCUCGCUCUCAAGAGUCUUCAGGAUGACAACAGAUUGCAUGUGCCUUCUCAUCACCUGUGACUUGCUCUGCUCAGGUAGCAGGUGGCACUUAGCAGUAAAGUUGAGGAAAAUGACCUCUUCUUGGCCAAAUAGAGGUGCAGUCGGUGUGUUGGGGCUGCUUGCUUCCUCCCUAUUUUUAAUUUAGUGACUAAUGAGGGACUCGGUUUUUACCAGCCUGCUCUGUAGGUCGUCAGUGUUCCUUUUUGAAGGUGUCCCCAUGCUUAUACACAUCAGAGGACAGGAACUCGGUGUCUAAGAAGACUGGAGGCACUGUUACAGGGCUGACCAUUCUCUCUCAAUCUUAUCUGUUUGGAAUAUUCCUGGGUAUGACUGACUAUCCAAUACUUUAUGUGUGGCAAAAAAAAAAAAUGUUACUAGUUCUUAACUAUUGUAGUUUAUAAAUAAGCGCCAUGGGGUGGGGAAACUUUUAAAGAGACGAAUAAGAUGUGUAUCUCAUAUCGGCGUUCUUAGCACUUGAAAACCAACACAUCCAGGAAAAGCCACAGACUGUUAAAAGCAUAGCAGUAGUUCUUAAACAGUUGUCAGUGCCCACUAAUUGCCUUCCUAGUGCUUUAAAGUGUUGGCAUAGAAAGAGUUUUACGUGUAGAAGCAGUUGGUCUAGAAACUUAUUAUGGGCCAUCUUCAAUCCUCUUAAAGUCACAAGCCAGAGGUAUAGGUCACAGAAGGAGGGUGGCCUUUUGGGAAGCAAGACUAAAUAUUUCUGUUGGCAAAUGGUAUUUGAAAAUAAUGUCAAGAAACAGGGAGCACAGCCCGUUUUGAUGUUUUUGAGGGAGAAAGACAAGCUUAGUGUGCUUUGGCCUAGUUGGGGUGUGGAGGAUACCGACAUUAUCAGCAGUGACAAAUUGCAUAGCUUCAGAGAACUCUCCAGAUUGCGGCAGCAUGAGAGGCUUGCAUUGCCUCUUCAGAGUGGUCCAAGAGCACACUGGGAUAGAAAUUCUCCAGAGGUUGAAAUGCCAAAUAGCAUACCUGUUCUGCCAACUCACUCACUACUAAAGCCAGUGUUGAAGGGUUCAAAUGUGCCUCUCCCAGAAGUACCGCCCAAGUAUUGGGUGAUUCUGGGCUCUCCACAGCCCAGGUCAGAGCAGCUAACACCUGUGCACACUGCUGUUGAACAGGCUGGGCCACAGCCUUAGACUGGCACUCUGCCAGGAACAAUGCUGGAGGGAAGGAGGGGGAGCUGUGUCCACUGGGCCUUCAUCCAGGAACAAAGCAGCACAAGCCAGCGUCUCUUCCAGUCAGCACUGCCCACCUAGGCUGUGCAGGGCUGGGCUCCCUGAGUCCCUGCUCAUUGUAUUUCCGUGUGCCUGUUCCCUUCAUGCCUGCGUCAGGAAUGCACGGAGAGACAGCCUACAUCUGACAGACUCCCAUGAAGCAAACUGCCAGCAAACCUAACUCUCAUUCUAACUCUUCAAGGGGGAUGAAAACAAAUAUUUGGACUUUUUAGAAAUUGUUCUUUGUGUUUAAAACUUCCAGAGAAAGAAACAGGCUUCUGAGGAAUGGAGUCCUACCCUGGUUCUCUCCAUGCUGCCAUUAAACCAAAACAAAAGCUGUGAACAUAAGUGCUUGAGGGAAUAUGUGUUGACAAGAAGUGAUUUAUUUACAGAACUAAGUCUUUGUCUCAUGAAACUACCGAAAAAGAAUGUCACCUUUCUCUUUGUUACAGAACCAGACAUGUUUUGUUGUAUUUUUUAUGCUGGCACGAGGUUCUUGUCCACUUUGAUUUUUCAUAUAUCUAUGUGUAAGAAAUUCUGUUUGUUGUUUACUAUGGAAUUAGUAUUACAUUUUGAGGUAAACAAAGAAUUUGUAUUGCUUGAUAAACUAUUAGCUUGUAAAUUAAAAAAAAAUCUUUACCUCACUUAAAGCAAUGGACCAAUAAACCUAUAAA